GCCAUUUUCGCCCCGUAGAGGAAGGUGAAACCGAGACGACAAGAAUCAUGCCUGGAAGACUGUGGAGCAAGGCCAUCUUCACCGGCUACAAGCGCGGUCUGAGGAACCAGCGUGAACACACGGCGCUGCUGAAGCUGGAAGGAUGCUACAGCAGAGACGAGGUCGACUUCUACCUCGGGAAACGCUGCGCAUACGUCUACAAGGCCAAGAAGAACACGGUGACGCCCGGCGGUAAACCCAACAAGACUCGUGUGAUUUGGGGGAAAGUGACGCGCGCUCACGGCAGCAGCGGGAUGGUCCGAGCAAAGUUCAGCAGCAACCUGCCGGCCAAGGCCAUCGGACACCGCAUCAGAGUGAUGCUGUACCCCUCUCGUGUUUGAGGACGAAACGUCGCCGCGGCUUUUCAUGUUGUUUGUAUAUAAACAAUAAACAGAUCAGGUUCACUCUG